UCAUCGGUUUUCCGGAAGUUUAUAAGAACGUCUGCUAGAACGUCGAGAUAAGAGUAAAACAUGGAGCUCUUUGUAAUUUCGCCUAAUUUGAAGUUUACUAAUCUAACCAUCGCCCCAGACUCGACAGUGAGUGAUCUGAUCGAUCAUUUUAUCAGUAAAGAGAGUCUUUCUUUCUCUGAUUUAUAUGUGACGACUAAUGGACGCAUAUCUCACAGUACUGACUUCCUUCAGUCUGGUGUGGUUUAUCGUGUGGAGCCUCGGUUAUGUGGAGGGAAAGGAGGCUUCGGGUCUAUGCUGAGGGCCCUCGGUGCACAAAUUGAAAAGACCACGAAUCGCGAGGCUUGCAGAGAUCUGAGUGGAAGAAGACUGCGUGACGUCAACCAUGAGAAACAAAUGGCAGAAUGGUUGAAGAAGCAGGCAGACCGAGAGGCAGAGAAGGAGCAGCGGCGCUUGGAACGCAUUCAGAGGAAACUGGCCGAGCCAAAACAUUAUUUCACAGACACCGAUUAUGAGCAGCAAUGCCACGACUUACAAGAGAGACUGGAAGACUCCGUACUAAAAGGCAUGCAAGCAUCUUCCAGUGGGCUUGUGCAGCCAGGCGAAGGCCCAAGCCGCAAGCGUCCAACUCCGACCGAGAGCAAAAAGAAAUCAAAGAAGGUUUGCCUCUGGACUGGCCUAGGUGAACUGGAUGAUAUGGGCAUAUCCGGUGAAAGCAGCGAUAGCGACAGCGAGGCGUCUCCCUCUACCUCAGAGUGUGGGGCUUCCUGUAGCUCUGAUGUACCCAAACCAGCUUUGGUGCCCUCAACCACUAGGGGGCAGGACAGCACUGAACAUCAGGACCAACCCAGUAGCACCAGCAGUUCCUCCAACAGUCCUGCACCCAGCUCCCCAACACCCAGCCAGGAGAAAGAGGAGGGAGGGAGUGGAGAAGAGGUGCAGAAAGAGGCUGAGAAGGAGUGUACGGUUGAGAAUACACAGAACACCAGAAGGGAGGAGGAGGAGGAGGAGGAGGAGGAAGGGAGUGUAGAGAAGGUGCAGAAAGAAGCAGGGAAAGAGUGUACGGUUGAACAGGUAGUACAACCAGAUACACAGAGCAGUCCAGCUGAGAGCAGUCAAACACAAGAAGUGGUGGAAGGUCCACUAGAUUUGCUCUCUGUGAGGGGAGUCGAGCAGUUGGAAGCUUUGGGUUUGGAGCAGGUGAAGAAAGAGCUGAUGGAAAGAGGGAUGAAAUGUGGAGGAACGCUGCAGGAACGCGCCGCUCGUCUUUUCUCUGUCAGAGGACUGACUCCAGAUCAGAUCGACCCAGCACUCCUAGCCAAACCCAGCAAGGGCAAGAAGAAAUAAAUGAUCAGGAACGGAAUAUUUUUGUAACUCUGAUUUGCUUUGUAAUUGACGUGUCUGUCAGUAAUUACUUGGUUUGUAUAGCAGAUAUAAAGUUUUUCUUACGUUCAGUUUAUCUACCCUACCAUUAAACUUGAAUAUAUUGCUUUAACACCAAUGGUCUUGUUUUUCAUUUAAGAGAUUUAGGCCCGGUUUCAUAGACAAGGCUUAGCCUAAGCCAGGACUAUGCCUUAGUUAAUUUAUGCUAUUUAAAUCGCUUUUAUUAAAAUGCUGUAGAAAAAAACAUUAGUGAUGUGCAUCUUGAAACAAAACAAUGGCACGGACAUAUUUUAAGGUAUGUCAGGGCAAGUUGUUAUCAGCUCAAAAUUCAUUUUAGUCUGGGACUAGUCUUGUCUGUGAAACCGGGACAUUGUCUCGUUGUUUGCCUGUUUUUCCCGUUUCAAUUCUAUUCAUUAAACAUGACCAAAGCUGAGACUCAGGCUAACUUUCAUUGACGUCAUGAAUGAU